UGAGUAUGGUCACAUUGAGUCAAAUACUUCUUUGUCCCGAUAUUCUACAUAACUAGUAUGAUGACGCCAGGUCUUCAGAUGGGAUACACAGCAUAAGAUGGAGGCUCUAUGGCCUGGUACAUUCUUCUAUUAAGAGUGGAAGAGGGGAGGUACAAUUAAGGUACCUAGGUACCUAGUAUCUAGGUAGGUUCGAAUGGAUCCGAGGGCCAAGUUCCCCGUUCCGGAGCACUUACCCAAGGGUGCGGUGCAUCACGUGACUCGUCCAAUCGAGAGAGAGCCAUUUUGGAACAUCAAAUCCGAUAAUCAAGCUAACGCCCUCAAUUCACGACAAAAUACAUCACGAUUCUCGGGAGUUCCUCAUACCGCCAGACACACCUGCCAACCGUCACAAUGGCUACGUCUUAUGCGACUCUCGCGCCCUUCAUUGUCAAGCGGCCUUGGCUGAAGAACAUGCUCAAGCCCAUCGCAAGCUGGUACACAAAUGCCGCCGGGUACCGCCAACUCGGUCUUCGAGCCGAUGAUCUGAUUGUCGAGGAGGACGAGAACGUCAUCAAGGCAUUGAAGCGCCUGCCGCCAAAAGAAGCUUACGACCGUGUCUACCGACUCCGCCGUGCGUUCCAGGCCAGCACCGUCCACAAGCUGCUCCCCAAGGAUGAGUGGACCAAGCCCGAGGAGGACGUCCCGUACCUGCAACCGUUGAUCGACCAGAUCUACGCUGAGGAGAAGGAGAAGCAGGCCUUGGACACUCUGACCAUCGUUCGAAACCAUUAAAUAGAAAUAGCGUCGAACGGCAAAAUUGUACAAUUAAACCUGCGUUAAUGAGAAGAAUAGAGUGAUUGGACAAGCUUGUCCGCAAAGGAGUCCAGGUUGUACCGACGAAUUGAACGUUCCAAGAUAUCAUACCUGUAUAUACCUAGACCUUUUCGUCUCCCCUCAACCCGUACAAUGACAGUCCAAGAGUGUAGCGAAUUCCGAUCUUUGACUCUUGGUACUUUAUGGAUUUAACGUGUAGCCUUGACGAUAAACCGUGGCGCAUAACGUCUAUAUACUAGGUCUACUU